UCUCAUUCUCUCCAAGGCGGGCAGAUCUCCUGAGCAGUCUUCACAAUGUCAAGAUACAGCACAGCCUUCUCGUCCUAUGGACAAUCGAGUGGAAGAAGCAUAGGUGGUGGUGGUGGUGGGGGCUUUGGUGGAGUGCGCAAGGGUUAUUCUUCCAGCGUGUAUGGUGGUGCAGGUGGCACAGGAUCAAAAAUCUCAGUUGCCAGUAGUUUCGGCAGUAGAAGUGCUGGAGGAGGUGGUGGUGGUGGUAGUGGUUUUGGAGGGGGCAGUGGAGGCUAUGGUGGAGGCUAUGGUGGAGGCUAUGGUGGAGGCUUUGGUGGAGGCUAUGGUGGAGGUGAUGGCAUGGACAUCCAUGUUGGAGCCAAUGAGAAGGCCACUAUGCAGAACCUGAACGACCGCCUGGGCUCCUACCUGGAGAAGGUGCGCAGCCUUGAGAAGUCCAACGCUGACCUGGAGCUCAAGAUCCGCCAGUUCAUGGAGAGUAAGACCUCCCCUAGUGCUCGUGACUACUCAGCUUUUGAGGCCAUCAUUGCUGACCUGCAGGGAAAGAUCCAGGAUGCCACCCGUAUCAAUGGAAGCAUCUAUCUGUCCAUCGACAAUGCGAAACUGGCAGCAGACGACUUCAGAACCAAGUGGGAGAAUGAGCUCGCCAUGCGUCAAUCAGUGGAGGCAGACAUCGCCGGUCUGAAGAGACUGUUGGAUGAGCUGACACUGUCCAGAUCAGACCUGGAGAUGCAGAUCGAAGGCCUCAGGGAGGAGCUGAUCUUCCUCAAAAAGAACCAUGAGGAGGAAUUGGCAGCCAUGAGAGGCCAGAUGAGUGGACAGAUCAGCGUGGAGGUGGACGCACCACAACAGCAAGACCUGACCGCCGUUAUGGCAGAAAUCCGUGAGCAGUAUGAGGGUGUGGCUGCCAAGAACCAGAGAGAUCUUGACAGCUGGUUCCAAGCAAAGACAGAGACGCUGAACAAGGAGGUGGCAGUCAACACAGAAAUUGUCCAAACGUCCAAGACAGAAGUUACGGAGCUCCGUCGCACACUGCAGGGCCUGGAGAUCGAGCUACAGUCCCAACUUAGCAUGAAAGCGUCCCUGGAAAACACUUUACGUGAGACAGAGUCACGGUAUUCCAUGAUACUUAAUGGACUUCAGAUGAACGUGACGAGCCUGGAAGAACAGCUGAUGCAGAUGCGUUGUGACAUGGAACGCCAGGGCCAAGAAUACAAAAUGCUGCUCGACAUCAAGACACGGCUGGAGAUGGAGAUCGCAGAAUACAGGAGGCUGUUGGAUGGAGAGGGCGCUAGCAGCGGUUCAAAUUCAAGGAGCAGCACCACCAGCAAGGUGAUAGUAAUCACAGAGGAACUGAAAAACGGUACGGUGGUGUCCUCCUCUACCACCAGCUCCUAAUCUGUCUCGCAUAGCAAACGCAAGACAAGGGGCCACACCUGAGGACCACAACGGACCACAAGCACAACCAAUGAAACCAACUUUCUUCACAUACACAUGUGAAUGCAAUAAAAGACUUGCCAGU